GGAGUCUCGACCUUGACCACUACCUCAUUCUCGGACCAUGGAAAUACGUGACGACCAACUAAACCACAUAGGCACUACGGAAGAGCUUGUUCCGUCACAGUCAGCUCUCCCGUCAGACGACCCAGCAGACAAGGCAUCCCGUAAGCGCGAACGCGAGCUGUCAAUGGAACCCGCGACACCUCACAGGACGCCAGCAGAAAUCGAGUCCGAGAAUUCGGAUCCCAAGGACAGGAGGACACCGGCCAAGAAGAACCGCACAAGCACACAGCUGGAUGCGACCGAGGAGGAGGAGGAGGAGGAGUCUGGCUCCGGGGUGAGCGAGUCGCCACCGACUGAGUCCAAGAUCAGGCAGAUCAGCCAGGGAGUUGAGGAUAUGACAUGGAAACACAUCCGCAAGGACAGCACCUCCGAACGAGACCACGAGAUGGACGUACACAACGCCGAGACAAAGACAGAUCACCAAAUAACAACCGAGGUGAGCGACACUCAUGAGGGCGUUGCUGCUCAGCGGGGGGACGAUCUCGAAGAAGAGCCGAUCAAGGCGAAGGUAGCGGGAGGCGAUGAGGUCGCUGUUCCCCCGGUCUUGCUGCAGGGCGAAAAUCCACCGCAGAUCAUAGACAAUGUCGGCGAAGACGAACACGCCGGCCAGGCUGAUCCAGCUGAGGUGCCGCCGGAUGCUCAGCCCUCCGACCCUGCUCCCCUCUUCGACAAUCCCGAGGUGCACCCAGAGGUCUCGGCCACCUCUGCCAUUCCACCCGUGCCCCCAUCUUCAUCACCCCACUCACGUCGCAGCUCAGAGUCUGAGGCCGAGGCCGAGAAGGGGCUGAAGCGAAAGCUUCGAGACCGGACGGUCAGUGAAAGAUUUGUUCCAGGCGAGGUUGAGGAGCAUACCAGUGCGACCGCUCCCAAGGCUGGGGCAACUAAGCGUCAGCGAGACGAUGCAGAUUCUGACGCGAAUCCGCGUGUCACCAAACGGCCGACACCCCCGCCUGAGGAGUCAGAGGGAAACACAGAGAAGGUGGAGACGUCACCGUCUCACAGCAACACAACGCCGGCGACUCCAUCCACUUCCAAGAUCAGUGGCUUUAUGGCGUAUGCAUCCACUAGCUCCCCAUUCGCGUCGGUUGCAGGCCCCAGCGUCUUCAACAAGUCCAAGACACCUCCAGCCUCAAGCAGUCCGUUCGCAUCGACUUCUACCUCAUUUGCCUCGGCAUUCGCCACCACCCCGUCCAGCUCACCAACUAAGUCAUCUACCAAUUCCUCAGAGACGCCUCUCCCUCAGAAGCGUACAGGCUUCGAAGCUUUCGCAUCCACCUCAUCUCCGUUCGCCAGCGUCGCCAAGCGACCUAAAUCGCCCCCGCCACCGGCGUUUGGCGGUCUCGCACGCAGCCGCUCGCCCUCGCGCCAUCCAACCUCGACGCGUUCGGGGAACGCUUUCUCCGCCAGCGCGUUCUCGGCUUACGCUGCAGGGGGUGCGCAAGGCUUCUCAGCGUCAAAGCCUCGGUCCGAGCGAGCAAGCCCUGCGCCAAGUGAAGGCUCGACGAGAGGCACCAGCGUGUUUGACGCGGGUACUAAAGACGACGCCGAGGAAGAGAGUGGUAAUGGCGCGGUCAGCUUUAGCGAGCGUUUGCGAUCACAUAAAGACGACGAAGAUAGCGAGGAGAGUGACCGCGUGAAGUUGACUGAGCAAGAAGUGCACACGGGCGAGGAGGAUGAGGAGACGAUGUACCAAGUUCGGGGCAAACUCUACGCGCUGAGCGCUCAGAACCAAUGGAAGGAGCGUGGGACAGGUAUGCUCAAGCUCAACGUUCGCAGAGAGGACGGCACGGGUGCUCGUUUAAUCAUGCGCAAAGAGGCUGUCUACACAGUUCUUCUGAACGCGACGCUAUUCAAGGGCAUGAAGUGCUUCAUCGCGCAAGAUCCCCGCUACAUACGGUUUAGCGUCUUCGAGAGUGGUACUGCAACGCACUACAACCUCAGGGUCCAGUCAGCCAAGGCUGCUGAAGAGCUUAUAGACGAGAUCAACUCGCACAUCCCUGGGGAGUGAACUCUGACCGUGAACCAUCCGCUGAUUACCGGAUGAGGACAUGGGACUCGACCACGCUGAUAUGUGUUAUAUAAGCUACGAAUGCCGUGCACCUUUUUGUCUCUGCUAUAUCACACCGAUUCCACUUGCAUUUGACGUUUUCCAGAUCUCAGAAUACUAAGCGAACCUCAUACCAUGACGACUCUGUGUGGACAUGUGCGCUGAACGUUGAACGGUCCAUGGCGGCUACUUUGACACGUCAGAGCUCCGAUGUGACCGCUAGGCAGGCGACUGCUUACACGUAUACCAGAUGGUCGAAUGUUUCAGUGCAGAUUUUUUGUAGUGAGUCGGACGCGGUAAACAUGCGGUUCGGCGGUUCGGAUAUACACACUGA